CUCAGAAUCCCAGAAGAAUUUGAUCGACAUUGGUCUGCGCUCGCCAUUCCAAUGGAGAAGGCAGAGACUGAAACGAGCAGUGAGCGCUACAAGCUUCUGCUCUCUUGCCCCUCGGGUCUUUUGCCAUCGCAGGUUUCUGUGGUUUUUGAUGGAGUUUAUGAUCGAAUUCCCCAUCCAGACAUCAACUUGGAGAAUUCUGUUUCUGAGAUAUGGGAUCAAAGGGUUCAUAAAAAUCCAUCGUUGUACAAUGGGACAAAGUUCAGGUAUGGAAAACAUGUAUGGCAUGAUGGAGGUGGAUCUAACCAAGAGCCUCAUGUAUGCCUCCACCUUGGUCUGACAGAUUAUAGGAAUUUUGUGGGCACAAACUUAAAUCGUUUAUGGGAAAGCUUCCUGGUUGCUUCAGAAGAUGAUGCUAUACGUUGUCAACACACCUCAAGUCCAUUGGGUAAUGGUGCUAUUGUGGAGACAUCUGACAAGAAAAUACUUGUGUUGCAAAGAAGUAACAAUGUUGGGGAAUUUCCUGGACAUUUUGUUUUCCCAGGAGGCCAUCCAGAGCCCCAAGAAGUUGGAUUAGUAUCCCAUCAUCAUGAGGACUUGACAGACUCCAAAGUUAUUAACGACAAGGUUUCUCAGGAGAUGUUUGACAGCAUUGUCCGUGAGGUAGUUGAAGAAAUUGGAGUACCUUCAGCUUCCCUUCACGAGCAAGUAUUCAUUGGUAUAUCCCGCAGGGUGUUGAAUGUGCGACCAACUGCAUUUUUCUUCAUGAAAUGCAGUCUCAGCUCAAAGGAAGUUCAGAAGUUGUAUGCUACCGCACAAGACAGCUUUGAGUCAACUCAGCUCUUUACAGUUCCACUGAUUGACCUAGAGAAUAUGGCAUCUAAAAUGCCAGGCUGCCAUGAAGGUGGAUUGGCCUUAUAUAAGUUGAUGGUUGAAGCCGUGAAGAAUGUUUGAUGAAAGAUCAGAAGAACCGCAGAAAGUUGUCAGCCUUAGUGUCUCAGCAGCUUUCGGGUUCUAAGGCGUGGACUCCCUUUCUUCGUUAUUAUUGCACUUGAUACAAAAAGAAAAUCAGAAGUAGUUUUUCUGGUGGUUGUUUCUUUAGGAAUUAUUCCCUAUGCACUUUCACAUGAUUAUAUAAAUGUACUAUGUAUCCUCAUUGCAAAAGGUAUGUUAUCCUCCUUGCAGGAUAUAAUGAUCUCUGAAGAGUCCUAGACCCUUUCACUGCAUGUGUAAUCAAACGUUGAGUGAAUGGGUGGUCUGUACUUUAAGCACAAAUUCAUGUUUGAGUGAUUUGUUUAAUAUGAUGGAUUCUUACCUGCGUAGUCA